AUGUUUAACAUCAAAAAUAAAAAUCUCAAUACUUCCAACUACACAGAAAUUCCAAGCGACCGAUUAUUGAAUAAUCGCAGCUUGCUCACCACCAUUAAUCAAAGAAACAAUCAUCGAACCGGUCUCUCAUCAUCCUUCACCCAUUCAAGCAACCUUAACGACGGCACACGCAAUAAUGAUAAUCGACGGAUAGCUGGAUUCGUGAGAUUUGUAAAUAAAACUUUGCCGAGAAGCAAUUGCAGUCUGAGGUCGAGGAACACCCGUGCGAGCACAACCUGCCCAGGAGAGCAAUCGUCAAGUUCCAUCGAGUUGCACCACGAGCAAGUAAAUGAUGGGGCAUCUCGACGACCCCCUGCAUCGAGUGCUCCCCCUCCUGAACCCAUAAGACCUACACCGCCAUCACCGACACUUAACCUUACGGUCGAAGAUGAUGACAACAGUGACGAAGACGGAUAUACGGAUGUUGGCGAUUCGUCAUCAUCAUCAAGUGAAGAUGACGAUGACGCACCAUUUGAGUCGAUGUAUAACCGUCGUAUCCCUAUUCCAUCGACGCUAUUUGCUAACAAUAGUCGUCGCGUCGUUAGUUCGAGACCAGGAGUUCGACAUAACACGCGACGAUACAGCCUGAGGCGUCAAUCACGAUAUAUAACACCGGAUCAAUUUAAUUGGGAAUCGCACUCCGUGCCACGUCGAAACCAGCCAUCUUCAAUAUAUUCUUCGGCAUAUGCAAAUUUACUUCCAUCAAAUUUAUCCCACUCUCGUUCACUCUCACUUCCUUCCAACUCAGACGUAACGAACGAUUCACCAUCCGCAUACAUAUGUAAGAAUUCACAUUCCGAAUCUCGCCAAACUCCGAACCCCGAGAAAAUUUCCACAAGAUCAGAUGCCGAUGGCCCCACCGAUGACGAUCAAACAGAGGAAUGUUUUAUAUGUAUAGAACCAUUGGAAUUACGCGGCGGUAGAAUGAUUUUGAAUCCCGGUUGUGGCCAUUUGAUGCACAUGAAAUGUUACAUGGAGUACAUUAAUAAAUGUACAGAUUCUUGUGCCAUUUGUUCGAAAAAAUUUCCAAGUUGGGAUCAUUGA